AUGGACUUCCAAAUCUUUGCCCUGGUGAUGUUGUUUCUGGCCUGCGUGGAGCAGAGCCUGGCCUCCUGUGUGGUGGACAGUUUCACAGUCAAACAGGACUUCGACCCCAAAAGAUAUGCAGGAAAAUGGUACGCUCUGCAGAAGAAAGAUCCCGAGGGAUUGUUCCUGCAGGACAACAUCUCUGCUGAAUACACUGUUGGAGAUGAUGGUGCCAUGGUGGCCUCCUCCAGGGGCAGAGUCACUCUUUUUGGGUUCUGGGUUGUGUGCGCUGACAUGGCUGCUCAGUACUCUGUGCCUGACCCUGGCACCCCAGGCAAGAUGUUCAUGAACUACCAGGGACUGGCCAGCUACCUGUCCAGCGGCGGUGACAACUACUGGGUCAUUGACACAGACUAUGACAACUAUGCCAUCACCUAUGCCUGCCGCACCCAGAAGGAGGAUGGAAGCUGUGAGGACGGCUACGCCCUGGUCUUCUCCCGCAACCCUCGCGGCCUCCCACCUGCCAUCCAGAGAGUCGUCCGUCAAAAACAAGAGGAAAUCUGCAUGGCCGGAGAGUUCCAGCCUGUGCUGCAGUCCGGAGCUUGCUAA